AUGGCCGCUUCAACGCCUGCGAAACGUCCGCGCAACGACGAGUCGUCGGAAUGGCAGCCGUGCCUGUCUUCGGGGGAGGUCGAUGCCUACCACCGUGAAGGAUGGCUCAUACCAAAGGCCAGUCUAUCGGCGGAGGAGGUGGAACGUUUUCGACAGAGCCUGGACCGGGUCAUUGCCCAGAACCCCUCCGUUCGACCCGAACUGCUGGUCAGCGCGCAUCUUGAAGCCAAGGGCACGGAAGGCGUCGCUGGUUCUCACGAUUUCCUCCAGUUGGGACUGCAGCCGCUGAUCCUGGAGGCCGUUGCCCAAGUGCUGGGUCUGGAUUUCGCCCUAUGGGGAUGUCAGAUCUUUUGCAAACCAGGUUUCGACGGCAUGGAAGUGCCAAUGCAUCAGGAUGGUGAGUAUUGGCCCAUUCGACCCUUGUCCACCGUGACGGUUUGGGUGGCUUUGGACAGGUCAGAUAAAGAGAAUGGCGCCCUGCGUGUGGUGCCGCGGUCACAUCGCAAGAUGUUGCAACAUGAGAAGUGUGAGGGGAGGAUGGUGCUCAGCCAAAGGCUGACAGAUGUGGAACUGGGUCAAUUGCCCGCAGCUGUGGACGUCGAACUGGACCCAGGCCAGUUCUCCAUGCACGACGUCUAUCUGGUCCAUGGCUCCAAUGCCAAUACCUCGCCGCGGCGUCGGGCAGGCGUUGCCUUGCGCUACAUGCCGACCAGCUCAGUGUUGGACCGCGAGAUGUUCGACGCGGAUCGAGCUGGCUUCACCAUUGACUGGAAGAACAGGCCUUUGUUCCUGGUCAGUGGCCAAGAUAGGUCGGGUGGUCGGAAUUGCUACAGCCCGCUGCCGGGGCCCUUGGCGUUCCCAGACGGCUUUCGGAGAUGGUGCUGUGCCAAGAGCCCCACGGACUGGGCGAAGUUAAAGACCUGGAUGGAGGAGACGAUCAGCAUCCCUUGGGAACGAGCCCUGGAGGGUCGUCGAGUGGCGCAGUGGGGGGUUCGCUAUGACUACACCAAGCAGUGCGUGGACCUGACGCCGGUGGCAGCGAUCCCCGACUUCCUGCGCGACUUCUUUCCUGAGGUUGGUCCAGAAUUCACACAAUGCAUCAUCAAUGAGUAUGGCCCGGGCGAUGGCAUUCCAUGGCAUGUGGAUGACCUGGUCUUCGGUCCUGAGGUCCGUGUCUUCGUCUUCGGCGAAUCGCGGCCCUUGCUGCUGCGCCGAGAGGCGACGGCCACGGUGGAGAUGCGACACCUCUGGUCCUAUUGCUUCAGUGGUGCUGCCAGAUAUGACUGGCAGCAUUCGGUUCCGGAGGGCUCCCAAAGAAGAUGGAGCUUUACCUUUCGAAGUCUCAAGCAACCCUCCAUUGCACCUGCGAAAUCGAAAUCUGUGACGUGCUGA